AUGUCUAAAUAUUAUUACAUAUUCGUUCUUGUACAAUUAACUUCAAUUUUCACUCAGCAUCAUUUAACGGAAAAACAAAAAAGUAACCGUCUAAUCCUCAACUUCGCUAAUCCAAUUCUUCUGGUUUAUUAUAUGGACUUAACAUACCAUAAAACAAAAAUCAAAAACUUAUUAAUAAUGUUAUGUAUAACAUUAAAAAAGGUGUACAACGAUCUUGAUGUAGAAACGCAAAUGAUCAGAAAGGGCGGGUCGUUCACGACGAUAAUCACAGGUUGGCCUAAAGUUGAAGACACUAGCCUGCUAGCAAGUGUCGUUCGCAUAAUUAUUUACGUGACUUGGUGGAUUUUCAUGACACGAGUGACAGCUAUUCUCACGUUAUCAAUAGUGUUGACAGCACUUCUUAGUCACCAGUACAAAAACUUACAAAGCUACUUCUAUAGUCUCGACGACAUAUUUCAAGCUGACGAUGCUGAGGUUAACCAUGAGGAAAAAGAGCUUAAGUAUAUAGAAGCGCUUAAAAUUGGAUUUAAGUUACAUUCGGAUACAUUGUGGUGUACGAGACAGUGUCAAGAGAUUUGCAGCGUACUGUACAGUGGUCAAAUUAUUGUAAAUGUUUAUGUUUUAUGCGUUGUCAUGUUACAAGUAGUGAACACAGAACGUACAUUUGUGAACACUGUGACUAUAAUUUCUACCGGUGUGGCAACCCUUACGAGUUCGGGUUUUAUUAUGUGGAAUGCAGGGGAUAUCACAUUUGAGGCGGCUCUGGUUCCAACUGCAGUUUUUUCAUCCGGUUGGCAUCACUGUCGAGGUGCAACAUCUGCAAGAGUUAGGAGGCUUCUGAUCACAGCUAUGAUACGAGCACAGAAGCCAGUUACCUUACAAGGUUUUGGAAUUAUUGCUAUUUCAUAUAAAUCUUAUAUAUCGAAUCUUAGAACUAAAUUACAAAUGGCUAAUGAUCAAGCCCGCGUGGAAUUAUGCCAAGAAUACUGGCAGCAUUUCCCCGUCGAAUCGUCAUUUUUUUCGCCUUCAGACGCUGUCUCUGUAAAAUGUUUUGUAGUUACUAUCCUUUAUUUUUUAUGCUUUUUGUUUUUAUAUUUGAUAAUAUAUUUGUCAGAUGGAUCGUUCACGACGGUUAUCACAGCAUGGCCCGACGUUGAAGACAACAGCUUUAUAGCUAAUCUUGUACGUGUAUUAAAUUACUUAGUCUGGUGGGCUCUCAUGGCACGGGUGUCAGCUGCCUCGACAUUAAUUAUCAUUACGUCAAUAGCUAUAAGUCACCAGUAUAAAAAUUUACAACAAUAUUUCUACAGCCUUAAUGACUUAUUUGAAACUGACGUUCAAAGGAAACACGACGAAGUUGAGACUAAAUACGUAGAUGCAUUAAAAGUUGGUAUUCAACUACAUUCUAAUACGAUGUGGUGUACAAGACAAUUUCAAGUUGUUUGCAAUGUAGUUUAUAGCGGUCAAAUAACUAUAACGGUUUCCGCGCUGUGUCUGCUCAUGUUACAAAUGGUGGGUUCAGAACGAACGCUAAGUAAUGCCUUAACAAUAGCUGCUACCAUGCUGGCUGUUUUGAUCGCUACCGCCAUGAUCAUGCUGAAUGCUGGAGACAUAACUGUUGAAGCUGCUCUCGUUCCAACUGCCAUGUACUCAUCCGGUUGGCAUAACUGUCGUGGUGCAACAUCCGCAAAAGUUAGAAGGUUGCUUGUCGUCGCUAUGAUGCAAGGACAGAAAUUUACUGUCUUGCGAAGCUUUGGAAUUGUUGAAAUUUCGUAUCAAUCUUAUUUAUCUAUUGUGAAGUCAUCAUACUCGGGCUUUUCUCUAUUGUAUUAAAGUAACAGCGUCGUCACAACUGAUUUUGAUUUAAUAUAGCUUUAACCGCCUCUA